AUGUUCCACAUUGUCAGUCAGUUUUAUGGCCCGAUACCUGCGGCAAUUUUGAUUGAGCGAUCCUUGAACUACGGAGAAACGUACGAAGCUUGGCAGUAUUAUGCCGUGGAUUGUCCGAAGUCGUUUGGCAUGGCAAACAACGGUCCUUUAAGUCAACCUGACUCAGUCAACUGUCAACAACAGGACAGGUAAAGGGGGGAAACAUGAAACAAUAUAUUCCUGAGAAAAAUUCAACACUGCAUUAGUAACAUAAAAUUGACUUAAGCGAGGUUUGAGUUCAUUUCCCAAUAGUAUUGCCCACUACGAUUUAACGUCCUUAUCCGAGAAGACGCGAAAGUCUAACCAUUUACUGAUGUCAAUGUAAAGGUAGCUCUUCUCAAUUAUUUUAAGUGCUUGAGUAGAGGUCCGAGCAAGGAUUGAACCCGAGUCUCCGAGCUUGAAAGGCAAGCGUGCUGACCAAGACACAACACUAUUAUUGACUCUCUGGCUUUGAAUUGACUUAUUUUUUUCUGCCAUGUUCGCUGAAUACAUGCGCGAGUUCAAUUCCCGUUAGAGUCAACUUUACGUCGAUAAAGCAGUGUUGGAUUUCUCUCAUAAAUAAUUGUAUCACUUUAGCAAAAAGACUCUUGACUUUCAGUACUCAUACGCGAGUAAUAUUUUUCUUACUUUUCUAGCACAAGAUAUAACGAAGGUGGAAUAUCAUUCACUCCAGAUAGACAAAUUCGAUCUCGACCUUAUGGCGGAAGCUGCACUAGCCUUUAUUGCUCGCAGAAGUUGUUAGAUUUCAUCCGAGCUACGAAUGUUCGCGUUCAUCUUUAUAACCACACGCUGUUUCCAACUUCAGUCAGCAAAUAUUUUGGUCUGUCGAAGCUUGUCGUUGCUGGAAGGUGGGUAGCCGCGCCUGGGUUUCACUAUCCAAGUUCCUGUGAUCAGCGGAUCGGUUUAGUGGAAGGCUGAACAAGUCUCUAUUCUAUUAUGAACUCCUGACUAUUGAGUUUUAAUAUAAUUUCAGUAUUGAAAAAUGGCCUUUGCGCAUUCUGAUUGGCUCCUUCAGCAGUAACUCUGAGGCAAUAGUUACAGUUCAGACUGCUCUGAGAAGUAACUGUUGCUUUUCCCCCCAAAAAAAAUGGAAAAAAUCGGAAGUAAAUUAUUUAUACAAAUUAUUUUCUUAAAAUAAACACGUGUAUUUGUAGUUAACAAAACAUUUUCAAUACUGAAAUUAUACUUGCUAAUUGGUGAUUACAGGCCUAUAAUAUAGACUUGUAAUCACCUCGCCUUCGGCAAGUAAUUGUUAUGUACUAGAUAAGACAUGAGCAGCCGAUCUGUAUAAUUAUGAUAUACACGCUCGAGCCGAAGGCGAGAGUUUGUAUAUCAGAUACAGAUCGGAUUUGAAUGUUUUAUCGUACUUAAAAAACGACCCAUCUUAUGAGUUCAUUGGCAAAGUAAUUUUAAAAUCAAAGCUGAAGUUUAUGUAUAUCAGGACAAAUCUUUAUCCAAUUUACAAACAUUGAUUAAACAUUCAUUUCUUUUGUAUUUUCUUCGUGAAUUAUUAAUGAACUUUUUAAAUAAAAAUACGAACAGGCGUACAUGUGAAAAAGUGGGCACUAUACGCGUGCAUGCAUGUAACUUGAGUAAUAAAUAUCUGAUAUGGGAUAAUGAGAUGAACACAUUUGCUUUAGGUGUGAGUGCUAUGGUAAUGCACAGCUUGCAAGAUAUAUUCCCAGAAAUGAGACGAGCAAUGGAACCUGUAUCUGUGAAUGUGAACCAACUACUUUUACUGAAGGAGAAAAGGUGUGUGUGCCCUGUUGUGUCCAUAUAGGAGUAGAUAGAAUAAGCUGCUUCUUGCCGUUGUUUGUGUUUAAACUCCUGGGAAAGAUUCAAAGUGAAGACUGUUGUUAAUUAAUAGUAGUCUUGGAGAUCUUUUUCAGGUAGUUCACACAUUAACCACGGAUCUUAUUUUGAAACACGAUCUACAUUAGACCACCAUGUUUGAGAAUCUUUUUCAGGCGGUUCAGACACAAACCACGACAAGACCACAAUGUUUGCGAUAUCACUCAAUGAAUUCAUUUCUUCAUUUAGUGUGACCGAUGCCAGCCCAUGUACAACAACAAGCCAUUCUUACGAGGCAGCACUCUUGUUUCCUAUCCUUGUAUCAAAUGUGAAUGUCAUAACCACGCUACUAGCUGUUACUACAACCAAACCUUUGACCCAUUCCCCCGUGAUCGCGCCAGAGGUGGUGGUGGCGUGUGCAUCAACUGUCAACACCAUACCGCUGGUCAAUAUUGUGAUUCGUGUGAGGAUGGGUACUACAGAGAGACUGGGAAGAAUUUUACCGAUGCUGACGUGUGCACGCCGUGUAGAUGCUCAGGGCCUGGGGUGAAGCUUGGGAAACUCGAUUGUGUCAAGGUAUGGUGUCUUGUAACGUUUUGUCACACUCAAUAGAAUAAGAAGGUUAGGGAACUCGAUGCAGACAUAAUUUUCUCUUGGUUUAUGCAAUAAAUGGUUGGUUCAUCGUCACGUGUGUAUUAUAUUUUCGCCAGAGCAACCAAUAGCUAUGUCUUCAUUUAACCAUUGUGUAAUAAUCAAGACCUGUAAUUAAAUCAACACACUGAUAUUGGUUGGUUGGACGAAAAAACAAUACACACGUGACGAUGAAUCGACCAUUUCACGUAUAAACCAAGCAGGGGCGAAACUUGAGGGGAGAUGGGGGUGUGGGGUGUGACCCCCAAAUAUGAAUCACCCCGAUUGGCAGGGCAAUCAAAGAUUUUAAAUGAUAGAAUGUAGAGUUAUUAAGUAACUUAUUACAGCUAGCAAACAAUAAGCAGUUCGUAUGUAUGUACAUUGACAGUUCAAUUAUACCCGUAGCUUGGUGAUGUAUUGUAUUAGCGCUGGCGCUGCAGGCUGCAGGGUAUCAUUGCUUUUGGCAGGGCAAUUCUGCUAGACACCCCCCUAAGUAAAAGGGGCUAGUUGCGCCCCUGAAACCAAGAAAAAACAUAGAUAAUGAGGUGUGUCAUGUCUGCAUCGAGUUCCCUGACCUUAUUCUAUUGGGCGUAGUUUAGUGGAACCUGCCUGUAUUUAAUACUUGGACAAUUUAGACAUGCAAAGGAUUGUUCAUCAUCUGAAAAUGUUUAGCUCUUGCUUUUUUCUGUAUGUUCUUAACAAGACUAGCGUUACUGUUCUUUUCUGUUUCUUAAUAAAAUAACACUGUUUCGAUGUUUCGUCCUAAGGCCAAUACACAAUUCUAUUUUAAAAUCUAUUUCAGGACGAUUCUGAUGGUGCAAUCCUUGCUGGUCAGUGUGAAUGUAAAGAUAAUGUCACAGGUCGUGCGUGUACUCAAUGUAAGCCUGGUUAUUAUGAUCUCAAAUCAUCGCAUGCCACUGGAUGUAUUGCUUGUAAUUGUGAUGUCAGAGGAACUGUCAACGGUGACGUAACGUGUGACGUCACAAGUGGUCAAUGCAGAUGUAAAAGUAAUGUGAUGGGCACACGAUGUGAUCAAUGUAGAGCAAGAUUUUAUAAUUUAACUAGAAUUAAUUCGGAAGGUUGUCCGCCAUGUUUGUGUAAUAUGACCGGUUCGUCGAGCCAGGAGUGUGAUAAGACCAGCGGUCAAUGCCCUUGUAAGAAUACCGUCACUGGACGUCAAUGUGAACGAUGUAAUUUAGGCUUUCAUAGUUUAAAUACCUCGGGAUGCCAGCCUUGUCAGUGUUCGAUAAGCGGGACUCGUUUUGGUGCAUUUGACCGAUGCGAUGGAGUCAGUGGUCAAUGCCAAUGCAAGAACUACGUCAGCAGUUAUAGCUGCGAGCGAUGCAAGCUGGGAUACUAUAAUCUCCAACGAUUGAAUGAUAAUGGCUGUACUAGGUGUCAGUGUGACGCUAGGGGAACUUUCGGGGCAUGUAAUAAUGUUACGGGGACAUGUACGUGUAAGAGGAACGCCACGGGACAAUUUUGCGACCAGUGUCCUACAGGAUACUAUAACUUAACCUCCAGUAAUCCUAACGGAUGUGAACCAUGUCAAUGUUAUGCCAAGGGAACUCAAAAUGGAGAUCGUGGAAGGCCAGAGGAGCUUAGCUGUGGCAGCUCUAGUGGUCAGUGUUUAUGUCUGUCUAAUGUGCAAGGUCUGAAAUGUGAGCAGUGUGUUGUGGGAUAUGUCUGGAAUCAGGCUGGUCAGGGCUGUAUAUCUUGCAGGUAACGAUAACAUAUCAUAUUUAGAGAAAGUUAGUCGCUUUGAGUAAGUGCUACACACGUAAAAAUCUCACAACUUGUCAAGAUGUGUUCGCAACAGGCUUGUAGCAAGCUUGUCAACAAGUUGUAACAAUGCUAUUAUUUUAUCAAGUUGCUACAAGCUUGUCAUUCACAACUUGUUGACAAAUUGUUGAAUUGCAGGACGAUAACAAGUUGUUGGAACAACUUGCAACUAGUCUGUUGAGUUCAACAACCUUGUAGCAAAUUGUCAACAAGCUGGGAACAAGCAGUGCGAACACAUCCUGUUGAUAAGUUGUUGGAACAGCAUUGCUACAAGCGUUUUUACGUGUUUACAUCUCUCAGUUCCAUUUAUUUGCCAUCAAAGUAAAGACUGCCACAUCUAAUGAAAUGACAUUAUUUUCUGAGCUAAACAAUAUCGCAGAUUUUGCCAAUUCUGUUUGUUUAUUUGCAGUUGUGAUCUCGAUGGUUCUGCGUCGCGCACUUGUAACGAUACUGGGUUUUGUCAAUGUAAAACCGGCACAGGGGUUGGGGGACAAUUCUGUGAUCGAUGUAUGACAGGCUAUCACAGUUUUACUGCAGGACGAUGUACUUCAUGUAACUGUAACCACGCAGGAAUAACAAGAGAUGGCUGUGAUGCUAGAGGCUGUUUUCAUUGCAAACAGAAUGUGGAAGGGCCCCGCUGUGAUCAAUGUAAACCAGGAACCCGAAGUUUACAACAAGAAAAUCCGUUUGGUUGUAGCGGAGUGCCCUCUCAACAAGGUCCCCCUAUUGUACGUACACUAUCCUCAACAACCCUCAGUGUCCUGUGGGAUCCUCCAGAUCAGCCGAAUGGUUUAAUCACAAGUUACGAACUCUACCGAAAUGGGACCCGAGUGUAUACGGACCGAAAUGACAGACGAGAGUUUAACGACACGGGUCUGAAACCCUACACAUGGUAUGGGUAUUAUAUUAUAACCAACACUGACGGCGGCACUAUACGAAGUUUUGAUGAUGGGAAACUUUACCGUACGGAAGAAGAUGCCCCCGAUGGGGUAUCCAGACCCAAUAUCUCAGAUAUCCGACCAAGAAGCGGCAAAGCAGUGUGGUCGUAUCCCAGUGCACGGAACGGAAAACUAACAUCAUUCUAUCUUGAAUCCACUAACCCCAGAGACGCGAACAUUAUUGUACACUGCCAGGGCCUGGUAUUGAGUUGUGACGUCAUCAACUUGAGACCAUAUACGGUAUAUAAUUUUACGAUACGUGUAUGUACCUCGGCUGGGUGUACAAAAAGUCCGGCUAAUAGUAUCCUAACCCGCCCUACAGCGCCCGAUAAUCAGCCUGCGCCUGACGUGGUACCUUUACCCGGUGGGAAGAGUUUCAUUGUCACAUGGGACAAGCCCGCGGAGCCUAAUGGGAUAAUCUUCCGAUAUGAGUUACACCAACGUUCGUUUCCCGCGCUUCCUGAUGACCGCGGGAAAUCAGUGUAUUCGUCAUCACCGUCGGCCAAUCCUGGGGCAGAUAACUUGCGGAAUACAACUAUCCUGGGAUUGGUUCCUUUCACGUGGUACGAGUUUCGUGUUGUGACGUAUACAGCUCAGGUCAGUGGGGACACCGCAAGUAACUGGACUAGACAACGCACAGCUGAAGCAGGUGAAGUAUUCAUACAUGCUCUAUGUUGUAAUGCAGUGCACGUGAUCUCAUUUCUUCUGUUUAUGAAGAACUCCCUUUAAAAAUGCCAAAACUCCCUUUUCAAAUGCAGAACUCCCUUUUCAAAUGCCAGAACUCCCUUUUCAAAUGCCAGAACUCCCUUUUCAAAUGCCAGAACCCCAUUUUCAAACGCCAGAAUUUCGUUUUCAAAAUGAAAAUCUCACAAACUUGUCAACAAGAAAAUCUCACAACUUGUCAACAAGAUGUGUUCACAACAGGCUUGUAGCGAGCUUGUCAACAAGUUGUAACAAUGCUAUUAUUUUAUCAAGUUGCUACAAGGUUGUCACUCACAACUUGUUGACAAAUUGUUGAAUUACAGGACGAUAACAAGUUGCUGAAACAACUUGUAACAAGUCUGUUGAGCUCAACAACCUUGUAGCAAGUUGUCAACAAGCUGGGAACAAGCAGUGCGAACACAUCCUGUUGACAAGUUGUUGGAACAACAUUGCUACAAGUCUGCUGCAGGUUUGUUACAACUUGUGCGUUUUUACGUGUGUAAUGAGCAACGUUUGUUUCAAAUAUUUUAGUUCCGGAAGGAGAGAGUAGAAUUCGUCCCCAGUCUUCUGCAGUAUCCAGCUCCGAAGUGAACAUCACGUGGUACCUUCCAGCUUCCCCACAUGGCAUUAUCACCAAGUCACGUGUCUAUAUCUAUACGAACGAAACGUCUUACACGAUACCAGUCCUCGCGCGGACCGUGAAUAGGACAUCAAGUGCUGUGGUCAGCGGACUUCAACCUUACACUAUGUACAGGUUUACAGUGACGUCAUGCAAUAGUGUUGGUUGUACUACACAUAGCGGCGAGACUGAGACCAAGACUUUGCCUGGAGGUAUGUUGCAAUGAAGAGAGUGCUCGUUUUCAACUUUAUUCUGGCUGGAGACUUCCCAAUUAAUAAGCAGUCUUCAUUUUAGCAUUUAAAUUAUAUAUGUGAGUGAAUUGAUAACUCACAUGCCUAUUUACCACUGUUCUGCUAAUGUAAGCAUAGAAUGGAACAAAGGUAACCAAGCAUUUAAAUUAUAUAUGUGAGUGAAUUGAUAACUCACAUGCCUAGUUACCACUGUUCUGAUAAUGUAAGCAUAGAAUGGAACAAAGGUAACCAAGCAUUUAGAUUAUAUAUGUGAGUGAAUUGAUAACUCACAUGCCUAGUUACCACUGUUCUGAUAAUGUAAGCAUAGAAUGGAACAAAGGUAACCAAGCAUUUAAAUUAUAUAUGUGAGUGAAUUGAUAACUCACAUGCCUAGUUACCACUGUUCUGAUAAUGUAAGCAUAGAAUGGAACAAAGGUAACCAAGCAUUUAAAUUAUAUAUGUGAGUGAAUUGAUAACUCACAUGCCUAGUUACCACUGUUCUGAUAAUGUAAGCAUAGAAUGGAACAAAGGUAACCAAGCAUUUAAAUUAUAUAUGUGAGUGAAUUGAUAACUCACAUGCCUAGUUACCACUGUUCUGAUAAUGUAAGCAUAGAAUGGAACAAAGGUAACCAAGCAUUUAAAUUAUAUAUGUGAGUGAAUUGAUAACUCACAUGCCUAGUUACCACUGUUCUGAUAAUGUAAGCAUAGAAUGGAACAAAGGUAACCAAGCAUUUAAAUUAUAUAUGUGAGUGAAUUGAUAACUCACAUGCCUAGUUACCACUGUUCUGAUAAUGUAAGCAUAGAAUGGAACAAAGGUAACCAAGCAUUUAAAUUAUAUAUGUGAGUGAAUUGAUAACUCACAUGCCUAGUUACCACUGUUCUGAUAAUGUAAGCAUAGAAUGGAACAAAGGUAACCAAGCAUUUAAAUUAUAUAUGUGAGUGAAUUGAUAACUCACAUGCCUAGUUACCACUGUUCUGAUAAUGUAAGCAUAGAAUGGAACAAAGGUAACCAAGCAUUUAAAUUAUAUAUGUGAGUGAAUUGAUAACUCACAUGCCUAGUUACCACUGUUCUGAUAAUGUAAACAUAGAAUGGAACAAAGGUAACCAAGCAUUUAAAUUAUAUAUGUGAGUGAAUUGAUAACUCACAUGCCUAGUUACCACUGUUCUGAUAAUGUAAGCAUAGAAUGGAACAAAGGUAACCAAGCAUUUAAAUUAUAUAUGUGAGUGAAUUGAUAACUCGCAUGCCUAGUUACCACUGUUCUGAUAAUGUAAGCAUAGAAUGGAACAAAGGUAACCAAGCAUUUAAAUUAUAUAUGUGAGUGAAUUGAUAACUCACAUGCCUAGUUACCACUGUUCUGAUAAUGUAAACAUAGAAUGGAACAAAGGUAACCAAGCAUUUAAAUUAUAUAUGUGAGUGAAUUGAUAACUCACAUGCCUAGUUACCACUGUUCUGAUAAUGUAAGCAUAGAAUGGAACAAAGUAACCAAAUAUUUAAAUUAUAUAUGUGAGUGAAUUGAUAACUCACAUGCCUAGUUACCACUGUUCUGAUAAUGUAAACAUAGAAUGGAACAAAGGUAACCAAGCAUUUAAAUUAUAUAUGUGAGUGUAUUGAUAACUCACAUGCCUAGUUACCACUGUUCUGAUAAUGUAAGCAUAGAAUGGAACAAAGGAAACAAAAUAUUAUUUAUUGUGUGUUAUGACAAGUGAUCCAUUGCUUAUUUUUCAGCUCCCUCAGGACAAGCGGCACCAACUGGUGAACCACUCAACUCAACUCAUUUGAAACUAACCUGGAGCCUUCCUUCGCAACCCAAUGGUCCUGUCCCCCCGGAAUACCACGUGACUCGUUCGCAUGCUGCAUUCUACUCCCCACCUAUCAACGCCAUUGAAGGCGCGCACUUCCCGGGGCUUGGGUACUACCUGCUGAGCGACACCGUCAUCACAGAUGUCGUUCAGACACAAGUGGAGUUUUGGUUCCGAACUCGUUUUGAUCACGGCUUGAUAAUGUUCCUAGCGUCUGCUACACAAGAAGACUUCAUAGCUGUUGAAAUACGUGAAGGAGUGCCGUGGUUCAUAUUUGAUUGUCAGAGUGGUAUUGCUCAAAUAUCUGUCAAGAAUUCACCCAAAUUUAACGAUAAUAAUUGGCAUUAUGUUGAAAUUACUCGCAAUCGCAGACGUGGUGAAGUUACUGUCGACAGAAACUAUCAUGGUCUUGGAGAGAGUCCUCCGACAGCUUCCUAUAUUGACCGAAAUACUGGCGUUUAUAUUGGCGGAGUAAAACCUGGACUUCGCCUCAAUCAGCACAUUCUAAAUUCUGUUUACAGUUUGAACAAUAGCAUUCAUUUCAUUGGCUGCCUCAACAAACUGCGCCUGCAGAACAAGUUGGUCAGCCUGGAUACUGCACUUGAGAAAGUGAAUGUAGAUCCUGUGUCCAGCGGUUGUCCUGUGGCCCAUGCGCCAGGAUUUUAUCUGAAAGGCGGAGGUUACUUGAGUCUGAAGAAAGAGAUAUUUAAGGGUAAUACUAUAUACACUCUGUCGUUUGAAUUUAAAACAUUCUACACAUCCGGGAUACUUGUGUUUGUUUAUGGCGAAGGCACUGGGGAGGAGUCAUAUUUCACGGUCAGUUUAGACUCUGGAGACAUCCGAGUAUUAUAUCGCACACGUUCUUGCUAUGGUAACAUAACUCUGGUCCCGAGUAGACCAGUAUGUGAUGGUGCGUGGCAUAGUCUGUCAUUGACUAACUUUGGAAAAUCGUCAUUUUUCAUCGACAUAGAUCGCAAAAGGGAAACUAUCGACCCUGGUAUUACAGAUCUGUAUGUGACGUCAGAACUCUAUUUUGGGGGCCUGCCGUUUGGGUCACGUGCCGCCCAGAAAGCGGGCAGCAUUGGUCUGAACACGGGUACAACAUUUGGCGGGUGUUUCAGGAGGAUUAAGACCAGCCGUGAUAUUGAUUUUUUGACUGAAGUGAGCUCAGUGAUGAAUGUUGAUCUGAGUGGUUGUCCCAGGACUGUGAAUGGUACUCGUGUUGGUACUUGUUAUAAUGCUACUUCACAGUUGGUGUAUGCUGGUACAGAUGAAAGUAUGGUUGACGGAGAGCUUGCCUCGUUUACAGGUACUUGACUUGAAUGUUAUGGUAUUUAAUAUGUAAACAUAUGCUAUGCAGUCACGUAAAAAUCUCACAAUUUGUCAACAAGAUGUGUUUGCAACAGACUUGUAGCAAGCUUGUCAACAAGUUGUACCAAUGUUGUUAUUUUAUCAAGUUGCUACAAGGUUGUCACUCAAACUUGUUGACAAAUUGUCGAAUUGCAGAACGAUAACAAAUUGUUGGAACAACUUGUAACAAGUCUGUUGAGCUCAACAACCUUGUAGCAAGUUGUCAACAAGCUGGGAACAAGCAGUGCGAACACAUCCUGUUGACAAGUUGUUGGAACAGCAUUGCUACAAGUCUGCUGUGGGUUUGUUACAACUUGUGCGUUUUUGCGUGUGUGCUGUUUUAAUUUUCUAAACGCGUGUUCCACAAAGCACUAUCGUGCAUCAGAUGGUGGUGAACCUGCAGUUAUCAGAGUGAGAAAAACCUGUUAUUUUCAUUGUAUAUCGUAGUCUGGUGUUUGGAGGCGAAUUAAUAGAAUUGCUUCUACAAAUGCCAACAUUCUUCAUGUGUUGACCACCAUCUCUUGCCUCACAGCACGUACUAAUGGGAGAUGUCGAUGAUAUUCCAAGCAGGAACUUACCAUGUCUCUAUAAUUAUAUUUCUAGAUUAUUUGUAUCGCGUUGAAAGUAAACAGCCUGGUACCCAGGGAGGAGGAAAGAGUUCAUGGUUUGCUCUCCGCAGUGGCGAAGGAGGUAGGAAUAUUUCCAGCUCAAAUUUAGUUCAAAAUCAAUUUCCAUCUCAAAUUCAAUUUCCAUCUCAAAUCCAAUUUCCAGCUCAAAUUGAAUCUCCAGCUCAAAUUCGAUUUCUAGCUCAAAUUCAAUUUCCAGCUCAAAUUCAAUUUCCAGCUCAAAUUCAAUUUCCAGCUCAAAUUCAAUUUCUAGCUCAAAUUCGAUUUCCAGCUCAAAUUCAAUUUCCAGCUCAAAUUCAAUUUCCAUAUAUUAAAUAGAGUUGAGUUAGUUUAGUUUAGUUUAGUUUAGUUUAGUUGAGGUCUGUCUUGGAAGUUAUUUUCUAAAAAUAAUUAUUGACUAAAUUUUAUUCAUUAACAUUUCUUAGCUCCCGAAUUCUAUCGCGCUCCCCAUGACGUCAUUUCUCUACCUGGUGGAAAAUCCAUGCGUGUUGCCUGGCAACCGCCACAGGUCUACCGUGGCGUGCUCCGUGGUUAUAUCAUACGAGCUUAUUAUGGUGGUAACUCGUCUACUGAUCCAGUUGAGAUGAGAUUUAAUGAGAUCAGGGUUCUCAAUGCCACUCUGAGUGGACUGGAACCGUAUACUUGGUAUGACGUCAGAGUAGCAGCAUUUACCAACGGAGGAACAGGUGAAAGUCCUGGGACGAGAGUUCGUACUUUGGAAUCUGGUAAGUCUAGAGUUCGUCUUGUUUUAAAUUGGUCGGUUCUAGUUACAGCUCGCCAGAUGGUGGGCAACCUAAAAAAUAAUUCCAUUUGCAGGAAGAAAAUUAUACUAGAUAUUUACCAUCAAAUACAAGACUAUUACAUUGAAUGAAAUUAAUUAAAAUUAUUUUCUACCUUUGAUGACAAUCUGCUGCGGAUUACACACGUAAAAACGCACAAGUUGUAACAAACCUGCAGCAGUAGACUUUCCAAAGUCCGCGGUUCGUGGUUCCUGGAAGCGACGGACUUUUGUCACCCGCAAGCGCGCCAAAUUCACCGGUGCAUUUUUGCUCCGGUGACGUCAGUGAAUGCUCAUUGUUAUUAUGAACAAAACAAUAAUGAACUAGUGAAAUCAACGUAGUGAACGCCCACUAUGUCAUAAUUGAUUUUCGCGCCAAAUUUUUCAGUAAGAUUCAAAAUCAGGCAAGUGACACAAGUCGCUCGCUUCCGUCUUUCUCAAGCGCUCCCUUCUUGCUACGCGCGGUACCUAGCGAGCGACUUCGGCAAGUCUACUGCAGCAGACGUGUAGCAAUGCUGUUCCAACAACUUGUCAACAACGUCCUGCAAUUCAACAAUGUGUCAAAAAGUUGUGAGUGACAACCUUGUAGCAACUUGAUAAAAUAACAGCAUUGUUAUAACUUGUUGACAAGCUUGCUACAAGUCUGUUGCGAACACAUCUUGUUGACAAGUUGUGAGAUUUUUACGUGUGUUGCUGUAACACGAGAAUUGGAAAGCAGACAUUCACUAUAUUAUGUAUAUUUUCUGUAGCUCCUGAAGGUGUUCGCAUCCCUGAUGUUCAACGUUAUCCCUAUUCGCUCUUCAUAUCCUGGCAAGUCCCUCACAAACCCAACGGCAUUAUCACAGAAUAUAUUUUAAGUAUAAAUGAUAGCGACGUCUAUCGUGGUUUAAAUCAAACCUUCAAUCUGACUGGACUGGCUGUCUAUACUCGUCACAUCAUCCUACUAACUGCUUGUACUAAAAUAAACUGUACUCAAGGGACGCCCACGGUCUUUUACACAGCGGAAAUACCACCGCAGGGAGUAAGACCCCCGGAUGUAAGAAUCCUUGGAGCCCACCGUGCCGAGGUGACGUGGCAGGAGCCUGGGACUAGAAACGGAAGAAUGCGCGGUUACCAAAUCCUUGUGAAUGCCAUAGGUAGCCCUAGCUGGGAGAUGAGAACUAUAAACGCCACCGCAGAGCAACGUUUGCUUGUAAUCACAAACCUCACAGCAGGCACGAGGUAUGCAUUCCGUUUGAAAGCUAUCAAUGGUGGUGGAGCCACCUUAAGUACACCUACCACACGAAGAACAGUCGAGAGCAGUCCUGAGAAUAUCCCACCCCCCUGGAUACGCGGUCUAAGCCCGUACAGCAUUCUGGUAACGAUACUAGAACCAGGCCUCCCGAAUGGAAACAUCACACGGUAUGAACUGUAUAGGGUGAAUGGUCGAAAUGAGAUGAUUGUUCUGAAUGGAACUUUAAAGAAUUUCACAGAAAGCGGAUUGACUCCAUAUACCCAGUACUACUUCCGAUCAAGAAUAUGUACAGCUAAAGGGUGUGGCAGUAGCGUAGUCGGAAACGGCACAACCCUAGAGGCCACGCCCAAUGGAACAGUCAGUUUAAAUAUAUCUAUCCUGAACUCCACAAGUGUCCUUGCUGAGUGGAGUCCAGUCCACACACCAAACGGGAUUGUGUUUUAUAACUUGAUAGUUGAUGGUGAAUUCUUGGUCCAGGGAAGUUUUGAAGUGGAGAAUGAUACUCGCGCAGUGGCCAGGGUUGUUCACCCACUUCAAGAGAUGUUAUUUACUCAACUUUUGCCUUAUGCAUCAUUUCUGUUUCAAAUCAAUGCCUCGAAUACAGCUGGAUAUGUACUCAGUAACAUUGUCCAAGGCAGAACUGGACAGGGAGGUAGGUAUCAGAAGAAUGCCGUGGUUUGUGAAUAUAAUAAGAAGGUCAGGGAACUCGAUGCUGACAUAAUAGACCUCAUUAUCUAUGUUUUUAUCUUGGUUUAUGCGAGAAAUGGUCGUUUCAUCGUCACGUGUGUAUUAUAUUUUCGCUAGAGCAACCAAUAGCUAUGUUUUCAUUUAACCAUUGUGUAAUAUCACGACUGUGUGCAACACGCUGCUAUUUGUUGAUGGGGGAAAAUACAAUACACACGUGACGAUGAACCGACCAUUUCUUGCACAAACCAAGAUAAAAACAGACAAUGAGGUUUAUUAUGUCUGCAUCAAGUUCCCUAAACUUCUUAUUCUAUUAACUGUGAGUGAAACCUGUCUAACCAUUUUGUUUUUUUAAAUUUUCUCUUUCAGCUCCAAUUGGUCUAGCUGCACCAAAUGUAACAAUCCUGAACUCGACAGCAGCUGAGAUAAUAUGGCUGCCCCCAGCACAUCACAAUGGUAUCUUGCUGUUCUAUGAAAUCAUGAGAGUCCACAUUGAGUCAGGUCUUGGAAAGAUUGUUAAUACAAGCUUGCAGUUAUCUCUUAUUAUGACAGAUAUGGAGCCUUACAUGAAGUAUGGGUUUCAGAUCGGAGCCAGCACGAGUGGCGGGAAGGCGUGGAGUGACGUCACUGAAGUGAGGACAUUGCAAGAUGGUGAGUUGGAUUGUUUAUUUUUGGAUCAAUAAGAGAUGAUCCUUACUGGACCUCUAGGGAGAACAGUUUAGAACUGAUAUAGCAAUCCAGUAUAAAUAAAGUUGGUUUAGUUUAUGUUUCCUCCUGUAGUAACACUGGAUCAAUAAGAGAUGAUCCUUACUGGACCUCUAGGAAGAACAGUUUAGAACUGAUAGAGCUAUCCAGUAUAAAUAAAGUUAGUUUAGUUUAGGUUUCUUCCUGUAGUAACACUGGAUAAAUAAGAGAUGAUCCUUACUGGACCUCUAGGGAGAACAGUCCAGAACUGAUAGAGCCAUCCAGUAUAAAUAAAGUUAGUUUAGUUUAGGUUUCCUCCUGCAGUAACACUGGAUCAAUAAGAGAUGAUCCUUACUAGACCGUAUAAAGAACGUAUAUAGAGCAGCUAUCCAGUAUAAAUUAAGUUCUCUUCUUAUGUUGUAAAUUUUAUUUUCUAGUACCCAGUCCAGUUGAUCCUCCAACAUUCCCGCAGGUGGACUCGCGAACAUUACAGGUGCACUGGGACCGAGCUAGCAAACCUAAUGGUGUUAUUAUCCAUUACAUCCUCUACAGAAACGACACACAUCGUACGACAGUCUCUAGUAACAUCACAAGAUUGAGUGUCACUGGGCUGGAUCCUUUCACUAUCUAUGUAUUCAGUGUUGCAGCUUGUACUGUAGUUGGAUGUAGUAACAGUUCACUCUCUCGUCCUGUCAGGACCCUUGAAGAUGGUAAGAUUCAAUUGCAGAUUGACCGCUAUCUAGUGCGCGAUAUAUAGUGUUUAGCGAAACCCAGUUAUACCCUUUACAUAUAUUAUCUACAAUAAUAUCAAUCAUUAUCCUUUAGUUCCCCAAGGACAGUCGUCUCCAGUCCUCUCUCAUGCUCCCGGUCCUUCGAUCAUGAUCCGCUGGUCAGAGCCGACAGUCACAAACGGCAAGAUAUCUGAAUACGUGAUCCAACGGAGAUCUGAAAUUGACCAAUCAAACAUCAGCUCAGUGGCUAAAGUCCCAGCCAACCAGAGUGCAGAAUAUUUGGACAGCAGUGUGGUGCCGUGCUUGAGAUAUUAUUAUCGAGUGAUUGCUUUUACUAAAGCCGGGGGAACUCCGAGUCCUUGGAGUAAUAUCACCACACAGGAAGGAGGUAGGGUGAUAGGGUCGUAGUGAUAUGAUAUUGAACGCUCUGGGCCAGUGUAGACAGUGGCAAUAAUAAUAAAGCUUCAGAUUGAUAGGGAUACAACUACCUGAAAAAUACAAGGAAUACUUGUUGUAUCCCUAUCAAUCCAAGGCUUUUUUGUGAGUGGUAUAGUGAUUAGCUUGAGUAUUGUUCACUUUUGUUACCGGGGUGUUACCCUUACUGGACCUCUAGGAAGAACAGUUUAGAACUAAUAGAGCUAUCCAGUAUAAUUAAAGUUAACUUAGUUUAGGUUUCCUCCUAUAGUAACACUGGAUCAAUAAGAGAUGAUUCUUACUGGACCUCAAGGAAGAACAGUUUCGAAUUUAUAGAUCUAUCCAGUAUAAAUAAAGUUAGUUUAGGUUUCUUCCUGUAGUAACACUGGAUCAAUAAGAGAUGAUCCUUACUGGACCUCCAGGAAGAACAGUUUAGAACUGAUAGAGCUAUCCAGUAUAAAUAAUGUUAGUAUAGAUGAUUUCGCGUUGCAAAAGGUUGUAAUUAUUCUUUAUGUUUUAGCUCCUGAAUUUGUUCCGAGGCCCACGACGAGAAGCCUGAACUCUAGUGCUGUGCAAGUCACGUGGUCCAAAGCUCGUUCCCAGUGCGUUCUAACUCACUAUAUCGUUCGCGUCUUAGAGAACCGCAGAAACUACAGCGGAUUUCAAGCCAGUGAUCCGUUGAAUUUCAUUAUCACCGACCUUCUGCCUUACAAGGUUUAUAACAUCGUCAUUGCGGGCUGUACUGCCAGUGCAUGUCGGGAAAGCGAUCCUAAUGACGUCAGGACACACCCAGGGUUGCCUAGCAACCAGCCAGCCCCGUCAGCGCGGCCUCUUAGCUCUACAAGUCUUGAAGUGACAUGGGACCCACCCUCAGUACCUGGUGGUGCUAUUGAGAACUUUGUGUUAUACAGGAGAACGUUGGAUGAACCGUUGUCAGAUAACUUUACAAUGACGUCAUAUGUUGAGGUGUAUUCUGGGAUAACGCGCGCCUUUGAUGAUAGGGGACUGGGAAUAUUCUCUGAGCAACAGUAUAAGGUAAGCUAUGAUUACUUGUGGAUAUGGUUGGGAUAACUAGGGUUAAGGGGGAGGUGAAAAUUUUUUUUUUUCUUUCUGGGAACCUGGGUGUACGGCUCAAAAUUUUCUAUGGCCAUAUAUUUUUGAUGAAACUGUUCGACUGUAAUUUAGGUAAAGUGUUAGUAGAUUAAUUAUUCAGUCGUUUCAGUAAUUAGUAAUUUAGAUAUUCAAUCAGUGUAAUUUUCAGCAUUGCUAUCAAACAUAAAGAAAUCUCUGUGAAAAUUUCUGAAAAAAAUAUUUGGGAAAUAAGUUCCCAGGUUCCGAUACUUUUCCACGUCUGGCUAAGAAUUGAUUCUUUGAACAACAAGAUAAUGUGAGUAAUGUUGUAUCGUAUGCCCCCAAACGGUAAACAUCUGUUCAUUUCCCCCCACAGGUGACAAUGAUCAACGAACAUGGCAACACAACAAGUGAUGAUUCUCAGUCGUUCCGUACCGGGCACGCGCCUCCUCGUGCGGGUGUAUUAUUACGCGGGCUAGCUCUGAACCAUACGAGUAUCUUACUGAACUGGACUCUGCCUGAACUGAAGUUCUUACUGGGUGAAGUUCUUAACUAUGCAGUGAGAUAUAAAGAUAUUGUGGCUGAUGUUGAGUAUACCUUCAUGAACAACCUACCUGGCUCUGUAAGAAAGGUCGUUGUCACUCCAUUGAGCCCGAGUAAAGACUUCAGUUUUCAAGUUAUCUUGAACAAUGGCGCUGGUACGAGAGCCAGCAAUGAAGUGAAUGUACGCACGUUAGAUGGAGGUAAGAUGCCUGUGGCAAUUUCACAUCCUCGUUGUUUUUUACAUGCCUGUAUAUUUUGCAGUUAUAUAAUUUGCAGUUAGCCCUGUGAGCGAAGUGAGUAUCCGAAGCAGGUUUUGGAGAGCGCGUAGCUUGCGAGUUGCGACGGAGAACCGGGCCACCGGGGGAGGGGGGGGGGGACUUUUUGAGCAAUUGGGCCUGAGAACGACAAUUUUGCCAAUAGGAAACAUAACUUAGAGAUUGACAUCUUGAGAUUUGAGAAAUAAAAUUUGGCCACAGAACAGGAAAAUAGUCAAACCACACAAAGUUUGAAAAUAGGAAAGAGAAUACAAAAUAACAGUAACUCCGAAUAACAUUUUGAUUUUUAAUCGACGUUUCGACUAGUUUUCAGUCAUCCUCAGGAUUAAGAAUAGAAAGUUGUAGAAAAGAGACACCUAUUAAAUCUGAUGGGUAAAUAUUGCAAAAAGAUAUUGGGAAAAAUUGAAAUUUUUACUAUACUAGCGUGCACAAGACCUUCUGACUCAGGUUUGCAGCUAGCUGCAGUCUCUGCAGGUAACGCGGUUACCUCAGAUCCCAACAUCUCACAAAAUUUGUUAUUAACAUUAGGUAUAACCUGAAAUUAGCCAGCCACAUGACAACAUACCUUUUCUUUGUUAUAUUUCAGCUCCAGAAGGUUUUGACAGACCUCGUGUUAGGACCAUAAACAGCACCAGUAUUGAAGUCACGUGGUCACCACCAAGGAUCCCCAAUGGACGAAUCACUACCUAUCAUAUUUAUGCGUAAGUGAAACGUGAGAAUGUGCAGUUCCUGAAUUUGUUGAAGUCUACGCGAGACAAUGGUGCGAAGUUGACAAUGACUUAACUCUGACUUGAGUGGAAUAAUACUGUCAAGAUUUUUGGCCAUCUUUUUUGAUGGAAGUAACAGUUGAACCCAGAAGUAUUUUUGUAAAUGGAAAACAAAACCCAUCAAAUAAUAACUGUCAACUUCGAGUUCAAUUGUUUCUGUGUAUUCAAGCAAAUUGGAAUUGAUUGAUAGGAUUAGUAUGAAGGAUUGCAGGACCUAAAACUGUAUUAUUUUAUUUAGAAAUUCUGCAAGAGUUGGCAGCACUACUUCUCUAUAUUUCAAUGCCACAUCAUUGAUACCUUUUACUGCUUACGACAUUCAGGUAAAAUUCUGGAAUUACUUUUCCCUCUACAAUCAUAAAGCUUGGUUUACGCUAUCAAAGUUUCUGUGAUCACAGUAGGAAUUUUGCAUCUAGGUAAAUUCUGGGUUUUGUAGAAUUUGUAAGAAAUGCUUGAGGGAACUCACUCAAUGUUUAACACUAACUCAGUUCCCUUAAACAUUUCUUACAAAUCCUUCAAAACUUAGAAUUUACAUAUACAAAAUUCCUACUCUGAUCACAGAAACUUUGAUAGUGUAAAUCAGCCUAUAGUCAAUGUGAGUGUUUUACCAUCGUGAAGAGCUGCUUAUAUAAUCUCUUUCUGAUGUUUUGUAGGUGGAAGUAUGCACUGUAUACGAUUGUGUACGUAGUGAUCCAAGCAGUGCCAGGACUUUGCCAGCAGGUGCGUGAUCGUAUUUUAAUACAAUUUACAUUGAGCAUAAAUGGACGUAAUUUUAUCUUGUCUUGUUUUCCUUUUAGUUCCUGAAUUUCUGGACUCUCCGAUGUUGUCUCCUGGAAGACGAAACAUUCUUGUUACAUGGGGUGAGUAAUUGUGACAACCUUGGGUUGUGGCGUACUUGGUACAAACGUAAGAUUCAAGAAGUGCCUAUUACUGAAUAUAAUGUCUUUCAGAUUCUCCCAGACGACCAAAUGGUGAAAUAAGUGAAUAUGUCUUGUACAGAAGA